CUCAGUUAUUGUCUGCUAUUCAACAUAUUCCUUUGGUGCUCCGAUAACUGUUUGAACCUCUUUAGCUACAAACACUCCGUUAACGACCUGAAAAAGUUAUCAAACUACUUGCAACUCAAUUCUUUCCUUUUGGCGACUUUUAAAAACCAUAUUUCUUAAAGAAGACCAUAUUAUUUAACCCAAGCUUAUUUUAUAUAUAUACACACACAAAAAAAACUAAUUCUGAUAAUGCAACAGUAUUCUGCUUACUUCGCUGGUUAUGAGACCCCUGCUACGCAACAACAACAACAGCAGCAAGGUCAACAGCAACAACAAGUUCAACCUAAUCAAUCUCAAGAUGGCAGUCAACAACAAGCUCAACAGCCUCAACCUUUAUUAACAGGUCCUAACCUUGCUAUUUAUUCUCCUGCUGCUAUGCAACCAUUGUCUGUCCUGGCUGCUGCUCAAAGAAAAGAACAAGAUCCUAAUGCACUUGCUGCUGCUGCUGCCGCUGCCGCCGCUGCUGCUGGUAACCCUGCUGCUCCUGUCGAGCUAGGUGCUCAUGGUAAGCCAAAGAGAAAGCAAGUUAAGAAUGCAUGUGUGAACUGUCAAAAAGCCUGUAAGAAAUGUGAUAUUGGUAGACCUUGUCAAAGAUGUAUCAAGUAUGGUAUUACAGAUACUUGUGUCAACUCCGUUCGUAAGGAACGUAAGAAGGGCAUUAAGCGUGGACCCUACAAGAAGAGAAACAAGACUGGCGGCGAAAGUGCUGCAUCUUCAGGUGCCUCCACUCCAAAUAUGGCUUCACCUAUGACCAGUGCACCAAUGUAUGCUAAUGGUGUGCGUGCUGCCGCUAUCCCCAUCCCAUACCAUCCCUUCCCUACUGGACAUUACGAUCCUUAUGCAGCUUACACCAGCAACGGCCAAAUGAUGCCACAGGCCUAUAUGGUACCUGCUUCCAUUCAGCAAAUGUAUCCUACCAAUCCUCCUGUCAUGUCUUAUCAAGCCGCUAUGAAUAUCAUCUCCCCCCAACAUCAACAAUCACUUCCUCCUCCACAACAGCAACAGCAACAACAACAGUCACAUCAACAGCAAUUAAUGGAUAAUGCUAACGUGCAGCAACAACAACAACAACAACAACAGCAACAACAAUCUCAGCAAGUCCAGCCUCAGCAACAGAACUUAAGCAACACUAAUAGUCCUGCUCAGGCUGCUACUCCCACGGCCACAACUUCUGUGGAUACAAAGGCAGAAGACGAUGACGACGAAGGGUCAAAAUUGACCAUCUUGUCUAGACUCUGUAGUGCUGUCUUGGAUCGCAAUGAUACGCCAAAACAAGAAGGCGGUGAUGCUGUCAAAGUUGAAGGCAAUCAAGAAAACACACCUCCCCCCAGUCGUCCUCAAUCUGCUACUUCGCCUUAAACAUGUAGUCUUUCUGUUCUUUCUUUUGUUAGAUUCGUUGUAAUAUAUAAACAUUUGUCUAUAUCAAAUUUGAAAAAAAUAAAAAAUAAAAAAUAGUUUUAAUGUUGUCUUUCAUGACGGAUUAUCAUAGAC